CUCCUCCAGCGCCUCGCCGGGCGCCGGCAGCGGCCGCAGCUGUCCUAACUGUGGGUGCGGGAGCCGGAGCCAUGCGAGCCACAGGCCCGGGGGCGCGCCCCGCGCUGGCGCUGCUGCUGCUUUUGGCUGGGGUCGCGAUGUCGGCCGCCGCCGCGCCCUCAGCCCCGCCGCUCUUCAACGUGAGCCUGGACAUGGCCCCGGAGCUGCGCUGGCUGCCGGUGCUGCAGCACUUCGAUCUGGACUUCUUGCGCACCGCCAUGGCGCACAUCCUCGGGGACAAGGUCCCCGAGUGGGUCCACGUGGUGAUGCGAAAGGCUGUCGGUGAGCUGGAGCGCUUCCUGCCCCAGCCCUUCACGGAUGAAAUCCGCGGCAUGUGCGCCGUCCUGAACUUCAGCCUGGCGGACUGUGUCCUAGUCAACCUGGCCUACGAGUCCACCGCAUUCUGCACCAGUAUUGUGGCUCAAGACUCCGCAGGCCACAUUUACCAUGGCCGGAAUCUGGAUUAUCCAUUUGGGGAUUUCUUACGCAAGCUGACCGUGGAUGUGCAAUUCUUAAAGAAUGGGCAGAUUGCAUUCACGGGAACCACUUUUAUUGGCUAUGUAGGAUUAUGGACUGGUCAGAGUCCACGGAAGUUUACAAUUUCUGGCGACGAACGAGAUAAAGGCUGGUGGUGGGAGAAUGCGAUCGCUGCCUUUUUUCAGAGACACUCUCCAAUCAGCUGGCUUAUCCGCACUACCCUGAGCGAAUCAGAAAACUUUGAAGCAGCUGUUUACAAACUGGCCAAGACGCCCCUAAUUGCUGAUGUGUAUUAUAUUGUUGGUGGCAUGUCUCCCUUGGAGGGAGUGGUCAUCACUAGGAACAGAGGUGGUCCGGCAGACAUUUGGCCUCUGGAUCCUUUAAAUGGAGCGUGGUUCCGAGUUGAGACAAAUUAUGACCACUGGAAGCCAGUGCCUGAGAAAGAUGACAGACGAACACCUGCCAUCAAAGCCCUUAAUGCCACAGGCCAGGAAAACCUCACCUUGGAGGCGCUGUUCCAGGUUUUGUCAGUGUUUCCGGUUUAUAACAACUACACAGUUUAUACCACGGUAAUGAGUGCUGCCAACCCAGACAAGUACAUGACGAGGAUCAGAAACCUGGGUUAAAAGUCAUAAAACCAUCAGGCAAGAGAUGCCUACCCCAGACCUGGAGAAGAGGAGCAUUCUUACCUCCCCAGACAAAGGGACGUGGAGAAGAAUCUGAACAAACAGGCCUUGUGAAGUUUCCCCCAGUUUACUGCAAUUACCUCAUACUCCUUAACCUCUCAUAUUCAUCAAACCUGGCACAAACUACUCAGGACUAACUGUUUCUUUGGGGCUUCAUUUCCUUAUGAAGGCUCCUAUGUCACAUAAAAUUUGUAUUAAAUCAACUUGUAUGCUUUUGUCCUGUUAA